CAGACUUUUUUUUUCCUACACCCUUUCGCCGAAGAAGGUCGAGAGGCCCACCGGGGGGGAGAGAGAGAGAGACAGAGAGAGAUUCGAAAGCAAGCUCGGACGAGAGAGAGGCGUCGCGAUGUCGGCGGAGACGGAGAAGAGCGCCGCCGCCCCCGCGCCUUUGCGGUGUCAGCGCAUAGGCUGCGACGCCAUAUUCACCAGCGACGACAACCCUGACGGCUCCUGCCACUAUCACCCCUCCGGUCCUAUGUUUCAUGAUGGCAUGAAAGAAUGGAGCUGUUGCAAGCAAAGAAGCCAUGAUUUUAGCUUAUUUUUGGCUAUUCCUGGCUGUGCCACAGGGAAGCAUACAACUGAAAAAGCUGUCUCUCUUAACACCCCGAAGGCAGCUCCUCCAAAGGCAGCUCCAAUCCAGUCUACUAAGCAGGGUGUGGAAACUCAGGCUUGCUCAAGGUGCCGUCAAGGUUUCUUCUGCUCUGACCAUGGAUCACAACCCAAGGCACAAAACCCAGUUGCUGUCAAUUGUACAAAUGUGGAACCUGUUGAGAAAUGCUCGGUUCCACUUCCACAGCCCAAGAAAAAGGUUGAUUUGAAUGAACCAAGGAUUUGUAAGAAUAAAGGAUGUGGCAAAACCUACAAGGAGAAGGAUAACCAUGAUGUUGCAUGUGAAUACCAUCCAGGUCCUGCUGUUUUUCAUGACAGGAGGAGAGGGUGGAAAUGUUGUGAUAUUCAUGUCAAGGAGUUUGACGAAUUUAUGGAGAUACCUCCAUGCACAAAGGGGUGGCACAACGCUGAUGCGGUGUGAAUUCACACCAUGAUCCUUUAAGAUCCUGUCAAGCAUAAGGCUCUUUGUUAUUGUAGCUCCAGUGCAUAAGAUUAACAUCGUGCCAAAUCUUCUGGAGAACUUUGCUUGGAAGUUUGUCAGAUCAUUGAGAAUGGACUGCUUGAGUGUGCUGUGGAGUAAUGGCCUCGAAAUAUCAUGUGGUGUUUCAUGUAAUCUGGAAUUGGAACUUGAAACCAUAUGUUGAGACACGAUUUAAUUGUUCCAAAAGAUAAUUGAUUAUAAUUGGAUUUUCAGUUUGAAGUUAAA